CCCCUCGCGCCCGCGGCGGCCGUUUGUGAGGGGCGGCGGGAGGAUGGCGGGGGGCGGCGGGCGGACCCGCUGCCCCCCGGGCGCUCUCCUGGGCAUGGCGGCCGUGCUGGCGGCGGUGGGAUGGGUGAGAGCGGAACCGAAGGAAGAGCAACUUUCUGUUGACUUAAUUGGAAAGAAUGAAGUUUAUGGUGACACCAGGCAUGAAGUGAACGUGUACGUUAAGGUGUUCACAAACAGCCCCUUUCUGGUCUGUAUGGAUUUGGCCCUUUCCCAAGAAAAAAUAAUAGAUCCCAAGUACUCGUGGAUUGGUCCAGAUGGAAGACAUUUAGAAGGGCAAAAGUAUGCAAAUAUGACAGAGACAGGGAAGCUGAUGGUGAUGGGAUUCAGGGAGUCGAUGUCUGGCACCUACACUUGCACUCUGUCCCACAAAAUCAUUGAAACCACAACACAAGAAGAAACAGAAAUCGUUCAAGCCUAUAAAUUCAUGGUUUAUGCCUACAGGGAAGCAGACCAUGCCUACCAGGUGUUUGUUCGCUUCACCACCACGCGCUGCCAGCUGAGAAACAACGGCUUGUUCUUCGAGACGCUGGAGAAGAUCCUGAACAGCACCAUCGCCCACCUGACCUGUCACAUCACACAGUCCUCCUACAAGUGCCACUCCAUCAGGACACCGAAGCACGGCCUCCAGCACGAGCUCUUUGUUAAUUUUCAAGUUGAUCCUUUUGCACCAGGAUGGGAAGAAGUUUGCCACAAGCUUCCUUACGACUGUGAAGAUGUGACAAACAGGAGAGCCCAGCAGGCAGCAGAGCGGAUUGGGAAGUUCUUCCACCAGCUGAGGUACAUCCUGGAGCACGAGGCCGAGGCUGUCCCUACAAUCCAGUACGUGGAGAACAGCUUCUCCAUGACUCCCAUCGACAGCUGCCGGCCAGGUUUCGGGAAGAACCACCACACCCACCAGAACUGCGCCAGCUGCUGCGUGGUUUGUGGUCCUGGAACUUACAGCCCCAACAACGAGGUGACGUGUCGGACCUGUGAGAGGCCUCGGGUCAGGACGUACGGAGCAAAAUCCUGCCAGUAAACUGACAAGCUGGAAAACCAAAGAGCAGCUGCAGGACACCAAAGUGGAAAGAGAAAUAGAGUCUCUGAGAGAAGAGAGAGGGUGAGUAACAAGUUACAAGAGGAUUAAGGACCAGGUUAUGGUUCUCUCCUUGUCCACUGCUCCUCAGAAAGAAGAGAGAACAUCCCAGAUGGAAGCAGAGUCUGCAGAGCCUCUUCCACCUCCUCCUGCUGCAGCAAAGCCUCGCAGGGCCCAGCUGGCCCCAGGUGCUGCAGGAGCAGAUGAUCCUCUCACACCAGCUGUGAAUUCCUGACGAGUUCACCGGAUGACACAAAUUGCCAAAGCACUGAGCUAAUGGGAACGUUUUCUUCCCAGCAAAGCCUCCCCCUGAUCCUCUGUGGAAGGUCAGCAGCUGGAUCUGCAGCGAUCCAUCACCCUGCGAGUAACGAUGACCUGACCAACAUCAGGAGCUCCACAAGUAACUCCAGCUGCUCCCCAGCCUGGGCCUUGGAGCCCACUGGAGCGUCUGAGCCUCCCAUGGCAGAGCUCCCAGAACUUGGGCUUUUAGAGCUCUUUUUUAAGCUGUUCCCUGUGGGAGUUUCUACCUUCCAGACUCACUUUGUCGAGGGACACCAGAGAACUCUCACCUUCCACCCACAGAGCCGUGGAAAUCCAUGCCCAGCUUCCCAGUACAGAGCCAUUCUUUCCUUUUUUUUUUUUUUCCCACAAAGUAGGACUAAGUCAAGCAAAGGAAACACCUCCCACUCAACACCCCCAACUUCUUACGGCAUCUCGAAAUUCCUUGGUGGGUACUCAUCCAAAAACGGCCCCGAUUCAACCCAGUUUCACUUAUCCACUGUGACAGGGACACAGCAGGAGACAGCACGGGCACAGACCCCGCUCCGAGCUUCUCAGAGUCAUUACUUAUUAAAUGCUGAGGAAUAAAGUGAGCUGUUUUGAGCACUUA